AAAAAAAUUCUUCCUGAGCUAUGCCAUUUUAUUUUCUAAGAUUUGUGCCAAUUAUAUUCACAUUUUUCAAGUUUAUACAGUCUCAAAAUGAAGGUAACCACUUACAGUGCGACUGCAUGGAAUACUGGCAAUGCAUUGGGCAGGGAGGCACCCCGUACUCCUAUUGCGCGUACACACACAAGGUAUGCUGCUUCGUAGAGUCGGAGCUGCAGAUUAAUGUAGGCAUCCUACCGAGGAAGGGAAAGCUGGCUGCCUGCGGACAAAAAGGGGCCGACAGUGGCAAAGAUGGCGUCUCUGAAGCUGGGGAAUGGGCGUGGCAUGCAGCCAUUUUGGAGAAACCGUUGGAUCUCUACGUCUGCGGUGGCUCCCUGCUUGAUGAAUACUGGGUACUAACUGCGGCUCACUGCGUCGAUGAUUACGCAUCCUCACGCUUCUUGAAAGUCCGACUGGGUGAGCACGACGUGUCCAGCUCGACGGAACGCUACCCCCACGAAGAGUUCGACGCAGCCCGGAUCGUCCUCCACCCGAACUUCGACAACGAAACGCUGGAGAACGACGUGGCUCUGCUGCAACUGCGCAAGCCCGCAAAACGCAGGCCGCACAUCGACGUCGUCUGCCUGCCGCACACGAAGACAGAGGAAAGCGAACUGCUCGCUUCGGAGAACUGCUACAUCACUGGAUGGGGCAGACGAUCCGAGACCUCCAACCAUUCUUUCACUUUGAAAGAAGUUAAUGUUCCCAUAUGGCAACAAGAGAGAUGCGAAUCGGCACUACAGUUACAGUUUGGAUCAGAAUUCACAUUGCCUGGAAGUUCCUUGUGCGCAGGCGCAGAAGGAAGAGAUGCAUGUGACGGUGAUGGGGGUGGUCCUCUCGUGUGCAGUAAAAAAUCUCGCUGGUAUCAAGUUGGCGUCAUUUCCUUUGGCAUCGGAUGUGGUCGACGGAACGUACCUGGCGUCUACACUAGGGUACAGGCCUUUUCCUCAUGGAUCUACGAAACGGUUUCGCGAUACGGAUGACCUGUAACUAGCUGACCUCCAACUAGCAUCAGCACAUCAUCAUUUCAUGUCUCAUUUGCACGUGCGAUGGCCAUCAACUCCCGGAUCGCUUGUCAACGACUAGCCAUCUCUUGUACGAAGUCGCUGGGAGCGACGAAGUCAAGAAAAGAAAUUUACACUGAAUCAUAAAUAUCUUCCUAAUUGGUUAAUGGCACCAGUAAUAGAAAUGCUUAAGACAUCGCUCUUAGGUCAACUCAGUAUUCCGAGCCUUUUAAUGUAUUUAGACUUUUAAAACUAUUUUUCUCUCAUGCAACUACAUCUCAUCUAACGUUUGACUGCUUCCAGAUCUCUGAAUGAGGUAAUUCUAUUUUUAGUUGCUGAAUUUCGAAAAAAGAUCGGACCCCCAGUAAUAGGCACCGAAAAUUCUGAUGCUAUCCAGUAACAGAUGGGAUGAGGAAAGGAUCAGCAAUGGACAGAAUUCCUCUUUCCUCUUCAAAAUGUGCAAAAUUUCUUUAUUUUUAGACCUAAAACCUCAUUUAAUUCAAAUGAACAUGAAAUACCGGUUGACCACGUGGUGGCUGUUCAUAACCUUCUACCACUGCCUUGUAAAUACCAACUGACUCAAAAAAUUCAGUUUGAUAACGCUAGAUGGUUGCACUGUAUUCAUGGGUUGCAGCAACAUCAGUUUUACCCUCUUAAAAUUCUUAUUAUUUAAAUCCAAACUUACCGACUGUCUGUUACUGGACCCUUGACUGCUACUGGUGUCGUUAUCCUUACUGUCUUGCCAAAGUUGGAUUCUAAUCGGUUGAAGCAAUGGGAUUGGAUGUGGUAUCAAAACAAAAAUAUGACCUGCGAAAUGAUCGAAUAGCAUUUUGUGGUUUUGUGAAAUAGCUUGUGAGUUUGUACACAUAUUUGCUUUCUAUAAAGAA